AUGUUUAAACUCUCUUCCAUUACGCGAUCAUCAUCUUCAACAAAUCAACCACAUCAAACGAUGAUGAUGAUCCGAUUACUCAACAACACGAGCAGUAGUAAUAUUAUUAGCAACAAGCAGCAUUUGCAUUUGCAAAGAUUUACUGAAAAUAUGUGGCUCGGGAUGAAUCAAGGUUCUUCAUCGCGAGGAAUGGGCUAUGCUUUUUGGCCAAAGAAAGCAGCAGAAAAGAUGCAACAAGAACGAUCAGGAAAAGAUUCCAACAAUAUAAACUCGGAAAAUAUUGAAAGAAUUACCAACGCACAUAAAACACACUUUUUUGAAAAACCACUCACGGAGAGUGAAAAAGCACAAGUGAACCAAUUUGCUGACGAAAACAACUUUCCUCUUCCACAAAGAGUGGAACAAAUUUUCAACAAGGUAGCUCCAAUGCCACAGGAAUAUGGAAAAAUUGGCCAACCAAGAGUAUUCAUGAGAAUUGCCGGAAAGAAACCACAAUUCUUCAAGUUGGCGGUCUUUGCUGCCCUGUUACUUGUUUCUCUGCAGAUUAUCAAUCACUACGGAACAAUAUUUCUAUUGGAUGAUAUUGUGAAAGAGUUAUUGAACCCAAGACCAGAUAUUGAGUCUGUGUUUGCCACGCAUGACAGAGGAGCGGACAAAAUUGCAUUCCACAAUCAAUAUAUCCAGGAAAUGGAUGAAAUACUUUCAUUCCUUGAUAAAAAUUUGGAAUCUGAUGAGAGUUUAACUCAAUACUACCUGAAGAGUGGAGUUAUUGACAAGUUAUUCGAGUUAUUACAAAACUCUGACCAUCCCUAUAUUUUACUGCAUUCUCUUACCACUCUCGAGAAGUGUGCACGAUACGACAGCAAAUGCAUUGAAUACAUGGUUAAAGAUAAGAAAGCAAUAGAAAUGCUAAAUGAAAAAUUAUUGAAGCUCGGUUACGAAAUGAUGCAAGAAAAGAGAAUUCCUCUCAACAAGUUAUUGAACCCAAUUGUGAAGUUGCUCAUCAAAUUGUACAGUGAGAAGAAUGAAUGGAUCACCGAUAAGGAUCGAGAAUUUUUGACUCUUGCUCUACAAAUUACUCAACCCAAAUAUUUCCACAAGAUGAGUCUCGAAAUUGUGCAGAAUUUAGCAACCAAUCAAAUGAACCGUGUAAACUCGGCCACAGAGGAAGAUUACACCAAUGAUGAAAAGAGAGCAAUGUUAGAGAAGGCCAUUGUUUCUCUCGAUUCUAACUUUGUUUCAAGCCUUAAAUUUCUCUCUGAGAAUGCUCCUCUAGAGGAGGUUCGUUCUGAGCUGGCUCUUAUUUUACAAUCAUUUGAGGUAUCUCAGAAUGCAUUCAUGAAUAGAGAGAAGGUACCAAAUCCAAUUGAUGUCUCUCCACUUCACAAAGCAGGAUUCAAAGAAACCAUGUAUCGCAAAUAUGAAAUGGGUCCUAAAGAAGCCAUAGGAAAUGUUCUCUACCUCUUCAUGAUUCCAUUCAUGAUGGGAUGGCUCAGAUAUCGUUGGAUUGCCCACGGAGCACCAGUUCCAUUCAUUAGAUGGACCAUGUAUCGUGCAGCUUCAUUAUUCUUUGUCACGGACUUUAUUUUGGCUCCAAUUUCUACCUUCUUCUUUGAUCCAUCCAAGAGUGACUUUGCAAGAAAUAAGGUCAUGGCCAUCUUGCCUGAAUCUGUAUUUUUGGGAUCCACUUUGAACAGAAUUCUGACCUAUGGAUUGCAAUUGAAAGCAUUUGCUGAUACUUACUUUAUUGCCUUUCCAUACCUCAUCAAACAAUAUGAAAGUACUCAAUUCGGUGUCAUUAAGAAUUCUCCACCAGCCAACACCUUCAGACUCUUCAUUGCUUACCAACUGAUCCAACGAAAGAAGGUAUUUGGUCAAAUUCCACUUCAACAACCUCCCCUACUUGUGAAACAAGAAUCAUCAAGACCUUCAGCAGCACAACAGUGUCACACUGAUGAUAAUUGA